AUGGAAAGCAAGAGAGAAUUACCAACGAGACACAAUUUCUUAACAGAAGCUGUGCAGAGCUACUUGGAAUCAAAGAAUGCAACAACGGGGCCCACAUUCGACAUGAGAACAAUCCUCACUGUAACUUCAGACGCUUCAUCCAUACAGCACUUUGAAUACCAUGAAAACCCAGCACAGGAGCCACCAUCCAUCAUUGAACACAUGCCUCACGUCAAGGUGAUAGAGCCCAUCAUAAGCGCUAAAAAGACUAAGAAGGCCGUCAUCGUAGACGACGAUAUCAUAGACGACGAAUACUACCUGAAAAGACACCGCAGACAUGAAUUGGAUGAAAAAAAGCAGAAAAACCGAGAGAAGGAACGGCUAAAACACGGAUACUACCAGCAAAAGCAGCUGGUGGAACGCAUCAAAACCAUGGACAAGAAUCUGUUACGGUCCAUUGUAUCAUCGAUUCGACAUAGAACGCACAAAAACGAAGACAUGAGCGAGGAGGAAGAGGAGAAAUAUCUAGAGGAUUUACAUACAAGCUUACUGAGAGAGGCACAAGAGCAUUUAGACAGAUACGAGACACUGGGCAUAGGAAAGAGUGAGGAGGAGCCAGAUCAAGCGGCCGCCAUGGAUCAGACGCCAACUAUAUCAGAUGAAUUUACACAAGCGCUCAAGACAGAAGAGAAGCUACAGAGACAAAGGCAAAUACGAUCAUUCUCUGGGCGUGCUGUAUUCACUGGUGCUGUAGCCAGUGCAAGAGGAUCUCGCCGUUCAACACGUAAUAUCAUAGCAUUUGGACAGUUACUGCCACCAUUUGAAAUUGUAGAAUUUGAAUUACCAAAGGCGUGGCUAGAGAAUAAAAACUGA